AUGAUAGCAUACUUAUCAUUAUUCAGUAUCCUCAUUGUCGCAUGCCAGAACUCUUGGGAGACUGUCUUUCUCGUAAUUCCACUGGUCUGGCUCUACAACUGGCAUAGGAAAUAUUAUCUUGCAACAUCUAGGGAAUUGACUCGUCUUGAUUUAAUCAUAAAAGCUCCGGUGAUUCAUCACUUUUCAGAGACUCUUUCUGGUGUUAUGACAAUCCGUAGCUUAAGAAAGAAGACUGAAUUUUGUGAUGAAAAUAUUGACAGGGUGAAUGCAAGUCUAAGAAUGGAUUUCCCAUUGCAAACUUGUUAG